CGGUUCCAGCUGUUGCUCCAUUUAGCUUGGGGCGCGGCGCGCAAGUUCGCGGGGAGCUCUCUCCCCGCGCCUCCCCAGAAUCACGAGAUUUGAGCGUUGAUCAACAACAUGCGAGAAGUCGUCCACUGCGGAGUGGGUUCAAUUCCGAAGGAUCCCUUUCGGGAAGUUUGAACCCACUUGCUUUUUGAAUUUGUGUUGCUGCAAGUGCUCGCGCAAGGCUAAUGAUAGAGAAGUUAGAAGUGGGUUUUAAAUUGGAAAUUUCUUGUUUGAGAUAAUGGGUGCGCGGAGAUAAUUCGUGUCGUGGUCAUCUCGACAUCGACGGAAUGUCAACGUCUGGAUAGAGGGUGGCGAUUUUAAGCCCCCCUGGAAUCGGCUUAGUCUGAUGAAUAGUGAAUUCGGUUGCGCAAGUUUAGAGCAUCGUAGACACGUCCUGGAGGCAUUGCAUGAGAUUAAUUCUCCCCCCCCCUCCCCCCCCCACCCCAAAUAUGUGUACACUGUUUUGCAGCCUGAGUGAAUGUUCCGGAAGACUUCUAAUACUACUCAGUAUGUUUUUCACCAUGGCAGCUUUCAGGAUCGGAUGGGGGUGAAGCCAAUUGUUUUGGUGGCAAAAACUCAAACAUACCCCCUCUCUCUUACCCCAAUGCAAUCAGAUAGGUGAUUCGCAAGUGGAAAAGGUUAUGAGCUCUUAAGACUCUCCUAAGAUCUCUCCAUCCCCGCAGCGUCCUUUACAUGUCCUUCCACAAGUCCUUUCAGAAGUGCAUUCACAUGCGGAUCCAGGACCAGGACUAGCAGUUUCUUCUCCUCAUGAGAGCUUCGACGCGAGCGAGUUUGUAAACCUCCUUCUCCUCCCAGAUUCCACUGCGCAUCUGCAUCUCGUAAGUUCUCCUCGGCAACUCUUGGCUUAAGCAAGGUCUGAGCAAAACUAGUGCAUUGGUACGGGUCUUCUCAGUAGUCCGUGCUGCUGCUCAGGGGACGUUCUUGCUGUGAAAUCUAUAUUGGUACCGAGUGGUGUACCCAUUGCGUAGCUAUUUCGGGAUCAACGGACGCCAUGAAGAUGAGCGCUACAUCCGGUGUACAGCUCGCUGUCCUCCUUCUUGCGCUGAGUGUAUCUUCUGUGCUUGGAGGGCCAUUUGGUUGGAACUUUGGACGCAUCACCUACUACGGUUCUCCGAAUGGAGGUGGAACGCAGGGAGGCGCUUGCGGGUAUCAAAACACUUUCGCACUAGGAUACGGAACUAAUACUGCUGCGUUGAGUUCACGUUUGUUCCAAGGCGGGGCUGCCUGCGGAGCUUGCUACCAGCUCAGAUGCAUUGCGCCGAAAUGGGGUAAGAACUGGUGCUGGAACUACGCAAGGUCCAUCGUGGUUACUGCCACAAAUCUUUGCCCAUCAGGUUCAAACGGAGGCUGGUGCAACCCUCCCAAUGCCCACUUCGAUUUGCCGAUGCCUGCCUUCACUAGUCUAGCAAGGAAGGAAGGAGGUGUUACCCCUAUCAUGUACAGGAGAGUGAGGUGUGCCAGGCGCGGCGGUAUUCGCUUCACCAUAGGAGGCAACCCUUUCUUCUUGAUGGUUCUCAUUCACAACGUUGGAGGUGCUGGUGAUGUUAGGGCUGUGUCCAUCAAGGGACAGUACACUGGGUGGGUGGGCAUGUACCGUAAUUGGGGUUCACUUUGGACAUGCACAACGAAGAUUGAUGGUGCGCUGACUUUCAGGAUUACAACCGGUGAUGGAAAAACACUAAUUCUUUACAAUGCUGUGCGCAAAGGUUGGAGGUUUGGCCAAACCUGGGAGGGUUCCCAGUUUAGGUGAUCUCGAUUGUAUUAUAUGCUGGUUGCACGCUGAAAGCCUUUCCAGCAUAAAAGCCACUCUUGCGACCAGUCCACUUGGACGAUGGUAUUCAUUGUGACACAAUUUUAGCAAUUGAUCUGUUUUGGAAAAUCAUUUAUCGUUUGGCGUAUUAGAAGAUUACAGGAUGCAGCACUUUCUUAAAUAAACUUUAUAAUCCGAUCUUUUUUUCUGCUAUUGAAGACAAGCUGUUCAUGUGAUAUUGAGGCACUUAAGGAUGCGAAGAUUUUCAUCUAUGGCAUUAGGAAAAAUAUAGUAGCACGGGCCGCACAGGUGAUUUGUGUUCAAUUUGUGUAGAUUGAGCAUAGCGCGCCAGUGGAAAACACAACUAGGUCAUGACGAACCCUUCAUGUCGAAAAGUGUUCGAGAUUUUGAAGUCCCCUCAGGACAGCUGAAUCACUCCCGAUCAUAAUUGUGUAAGCUGCGCAUGAUUCAAGUUUGUAAUUUCGAUGAAAUAUAAUCUGAAAUCUUCUGCUGUGCGAGGUGAAGUGCAUCUGGCCACCCGCACAUUUAUCACAAA